ACACAAGCGGGUGUGCGGUGUGUAUUUCUGUGUUCUGAGUCAGGCAGUGGGGUUUCCUCGCGGAGGCAGUGUGAGAGUCAACACUCGAAGGCCAACUGACACAGCUUCUAGCUGACAAUGGAAUGUUUAUCGGUGGAGUUGUGUUCAGUUUCAACCUGUGUUGUUGGAUUUGUUGGGCUGGUCAUUGCAGUAUACAAGUACAUGACAUGGACCCACGACACAUUCAGGAAGAUGGGGAUCCCUGGACCGGCACCGGGAAUUCUGGGAAACAUGUCAGAUUUUGCAAAGGAUGGAUUAACCAAAACUGAUGUCCGGUACGUCAGAGAAUAUGGACGGGUAGUUGGUCUGUUCCAUGCUCGCUACACGGUGAUGUUGGUGUCGGACCCGGAGAUGGUCCGGGAGAUCUGCGUCAAACAGUUCGCCAACUUCAACAAGAGAGUGGACCCAGGGCCAGUGGACAAGUCAUUCCGAGGUGCGAUCACGGUGGCGGAGGACGACCACUGGAAGUUUAUACGCAGUGUUCUCAGCCCCAUCUUCAGCUCCAGCAAAAUAAAGCAGAUGGUCUCUGGCAUUGAGAAAUGUACAGCGCAGUUGACGAGGAACUUGACGAAGCUCUCGGAGGGAGGGAAAGGUGUUGAAAUGAAAAGCGUGUUUGGGAAUUACACCAUGGACGUCAUGGCCAGCACUGGGUUUGGGAUGGAGAUGGACUGUCAAGUCAACGCCGACAAUCUCUUUGCCAAGAAUGCGAAAGAAGCAAUGAAGUUUCUCGAUUCCAAAACAAAAUUUGUGUGCUUGAUGUUCCCCUUCAUGAAGUAUGUGUUUGAGGCUCUGGAUGUGGGGGUGGUGUCACUGGCACCAAGAAAAUUCUUCUUCGGUAUGAUGAACGAAGUGGUUGAGGACAGACGGAAGUCGGAGUCGAACCCGCGGGACAUGCUGGACGUGAUGCUGACGUCUCACAAGUUAGACAACACCCUGGAGGAGGGUGAUUUCAGUGAUGCAGCCUUCAAGUUUGACGACAAGAAGAAAAGAGGGCUGACCAAUGAGGAGGUUCUCGCCAACUCUGUGAUAUUCUUAUUGGCCGGAUAUGAUACAACCUCGACAGCCUUGACCUUUUGUUGCUAUCUCCUAGCAACCAACCCUGAGUGCCAGGAACGACUUGUUGAGGAGAUUGACACAGAAAUUGGAAAAGACUUACCUACCUAUGACAUCGUGAUGAAGCUGUCCUACCUGGACAGGGUGUUCUCCGAGACCCUCAGAGUGUACCCUGCCGUCACCAGGAUUGGCCGCAAGACCAAGGAAGCCACCACAAUAAAGGGCUACCACAUCCCGGCUGGCAUGUCCGUCAACUUCCCCAUCUUCGCCAUGCACCAUGACCCAGAGUUCUGGGCCGAACCCGAGAAGUUUGACCCCGACAGGUUCCUCCCAGAGAAUAAGGGACAACUUCACAAUUAUUAUUAUGCUCCAUUUGGCGUUGGACCCAAAAGUUGUAUUGGAAUGAGGCUAGCGACCCUGACCUUCAAGAUGACGGUCGUGAGCAUCCUGCAGCACUUCCGCUUGGAGACCACGCCCAACACGGAGGUGCCCCCGGAGUUGGAGAAGGGAGUGUUCGUGAAGCCGAAGAAUGGAAUGUUUCUGCAGCUGGUCCAGAGAGGACGAUAAGCCUGGCACAUCCUCAGGCACUGCCUCCCUACAGCCGUGCAAUGGCUGGAUCACACUGCUUAACUUGUAUUAACUCUAAUACAUCCAAGAGUGCCAUUUUUAAUUACCGUAUUCGACGUAAUAAGUGCCCCGUUCUAUUACGCGCCCACGGCAACAUUUGCUAAGAUAUUGGCUAGUGAACAAUCCCAUUUAGCACCCCUUUCGAUUGAUCAAUGUACACAAGACUUAUUUAUUCGCAUAUAAUAUGCACUCGUGUGUUAUAUGCACCCUUAAU